AUGAUGGACAAGUGGCCAUGGCACAUGCAGUUGCUGUUAACGGCUGGCGCAACGUUUGGUUAUUUGAGUCUCGGCGCGAUCGAGUUUGUGAUUUGCAACCUGCGGCUGCAAGGCCAGCUCUCUACCGUGUGGCUGCCCACCGGCUUUGCCUAUUUCGCCAGUCUCUGCCUCGGGCCCCGCUGCGCGGUGGGAUUAUUUAUCGGGAACCUGCUAUUUAAUCUCUGGUUCGCUACGGCGCAGCCCGACGCGCCGGCGUGGGGUCUAGUGACGGCGGGCGCGGUGCUGUCGCUCACCAACUCCAUGCAGGCCGUCGUCGCCGCGCAUUUCAUCCGCCAGCCCGCCGCCGCCCUCGCCGCCGCCGCUGCUGCGCUCCUUCCGCGCGCGUGCACGGCGGCGCCCGCCACAGAGCGCGGGGAUGGCGUGUUAGCGGCGGAAGACUGCGACUUGGAAGGCGGUAGCAGUCGGAUGGAGGGCGCGCGCGUAUGCUGCACUGGCAAGCAAGGCACGGAGGACGCGGAGACGCGGAGCUGGGCAGACGAGGAGAGGGGCGCAUUCGGGGAGGCGGGUGGGGGGGAGGGAGAGGAGACGCGGGUGUACGAGGAGACGACGCCGCUGGAUAGCGCGCAGGACGUGGUGCAGAUGAUGGUGGUUACCACUGUCGCCGCGCUGAUCGCGAACGCCAUUCAGGCCAUCACCAUGGGGCUCUGCCACCUGCUCUCCGCCGCUGACUCCGCCAGGACGUUUGUGAUCUGGUGGCUGGCGGACUUCGCGGGCGUCAUCUGCUUCCUGCCGCUGCUCACCUACUCGCUCUGGUCCGCGCGCCACUGGAUCGUGCGCCCCAUCCGCCAGCGCGGAUGGCGCUCAGGCGUGCGCGUGAUAUCAUCAGCGUGCAUGCGUCCGCGGUGGCGCAUGCUGCGCAUGGUGGAGGCGGGGGCGCUGGUGGGGCUGCUGGCGGUGCUGCUGCUGCUGCUCUUCACGCCCGUGCUCGACUCAGAGGAGUGGCUCGUCGCCCUGCCCUACCUCUUCUUCCCGCUCCUCAUGUGGUCUGCUGUGCGCUUCAAUCGCCUGUACGCCACCCUCCACUCCUCCCCAACGCCCCCUCCAUCUGUCGUCCUUUGUCUCGCCAUGAUCGCCUGCCCUGUUGUGCAUGUUCCCCGUGCUCUUCUCAUCACCCACCCCUUGCUCCCCUCCUGCCCUCUCUUCCUGGCGUGUGUGGUAUUUGUGGUGGCGGCGCUGACGAGCUUCGCCACGGCGCGCGGGUGGGGCCCGCUGCAGCGGUCGACAGCCAUGGCGUCGGAGCUGCAGGCGCAGGGGCUCGUGUGCGUGCUGUCCGUGGUGGGCGUCGUGCUGGGCGCCGUGGUGCGCGACACACGGCGGCUGCGGCGGCAGCUGCGGGCCAUGAACGCCACGCUCGAGAAGCAAGUGCUGCUCCGCACGCUGCAGCUCACUCUCACCAACCAGGCAUGCCAGGGGGGAGGACGUGGGGGGGCGGGGGAGGGGGGAGGUCGAGUGGGGGGGGAAAGGCAAGCACACAGGCAGCAGCAUUGCGUGGAGUUGGAGGCUUCUAAGAAAGCAGCAGAAGCGGCCAACCAAGCCAAGACGGAGUUCCUGGCGAACAUGAGCCAUGAGAUCCGCACGCCCAUCCACGGCAUCAUGGGCAUGACGCGAGUGGCGGCAGACACGCUCGCCUCGCUGCAAGCGCUGCUCGUCCCGCGCGCAUGCGCUGGUAAACCCCACAGGGGCGCGCAUGCCACACCCGCCAAGGGCAAGCAUGCACACAAAAUGGAGGCAGCAGGAGCAGCUGGUUGGGGGCGCACGGGAGGGGCAGGAGGCGGGGUGGGGUUGGAGUGGGAGGAGGCGCAGCGGCUGGUGGGGGACGUGAGUUCGCACUUAGACACGGUGUUUGAGUCGGCCAGUGCACUGCUGCACAUUGUCAACACCGUGCUGGACGUUGCCAAGAUCGAGGCGGGUCGCCUGCUGCUGCAGCGCAAGCCCUUCCGCCCCAGGGAGGUCGUGCUCUCCGUGCUCCACGCCCUGCAGGUGCAAGCGGCGCAGAAGCGAGUGGCCCUGGCGUGGGACAUAGCGCCAGAGGUGCCGCGCACGCUCGUGGGCGACCCCGUGCGCCUGCAGCAGUGCAUCAACAACCUCGUGGGCAACGCCAUAAAGUUCACACACAAGGGCUUCAUAGAGGUCGCCGUGCACCUCUGCUCCUCACACACUGCUGCCCCCGCUGCCCACCCCAAGCACCUGCUCGACACAGACGCUGCACCUGCUGUGGCCGAGAGCGUGCGCAGUGACGCUGCUGCGGACAGUGUUCAGGGUGGGCGCGAGGACGACGGGAAUGCGGGGAGGAGUACGCGUGGAGAGAGAGGGGAUCUAGAGGCGGGUAAUCUGUGGUUGGCGGAGGGGCAGGAAAGCAUAUGUGAGGAUGGUAAGGAGAGGAGUCCGUCCAGCAGAGAGUCUGAUGGCGGUUCACCAUGCAAUGCAGCAGCAGCAGGGGGUGAGUGGGAGGCGUGUGGCAGGGCAUCCGACAUGGUGUAUGCGAGACACACUGGCGGGGAGCAAGGCGACAUGCAGCAUGCACAGCAGCACGACCACGUGCAGUGGCAGCGCCACACUCCCACAGACGCACGCUCGCCCGCCGCUGCCGUGCCGCCUCUCUUUGUGGGAGGCAGGCCGCAGUGGCAGCAGGUGGCAGCAGUGCGCAUGGUGCCCUCGCCGCUCUUCCGCUCCUCCAGUGACCCGCAUGCCAUAGCACGCUAUCUGCAAGCCAUGAGGCAGCGCCUCACAGACGUCUCCCGCCCCGCCGCCACUGCUGCCACGCCCAUGCCCGCUGCCUCCACCCCUCCUCCUCCUCCUCCCACUGCCGCCGCUCCUGCUGCUGCCUGCACAGCAGGUGGCGCCUCCCCCAGUUACAGCCUGUCUCAGCGGUUGCUGGUAGCGGGGAAGCGAAUGGGGGGACCGUUGGGGGCUGAGUGGGCAGGGAUGGGGGAUGUGCUGGCAGGCGGUGGCGACCGUGCAGGGGGCGCUGGUGACGUUGGUGCUGGCGGAGGAGGGGAGGGGCGGAGAGAGGAGGGUGCGCAGAGGCUCAGUGCAUGGUGCCAGCAGCCCAGUGCGCCGCUGUGCAUAUCCUCCACGCCCUCCUCGCCUUGCUUCCCCGCCAACCCUCCCCCCCGUCCCUCAGAGGCUCAGCGCCACGCGCACGUGCAUCACCAGCACAGCAACACACACUCAGGCAUUCUCUUCCACUCGCACCCGCUGCCGCCUUCCUCCGCCCACCUGCCCUGCGCUGCUGCUGCUCCCUGCACCACUGCUGCCAGCACAGGUGACGGCAAGGCCAGGGGCACGGCGGUGCAGUUGAGGCAUGCUGGCCGUUGCAUGUCCGCCGGUUCCAGGGAUGCCCUCGCUGUUGCUGCCACUGAUCGUGCUGCUUCUGCUGCUGCUACUGCUGUUGCUGCUGUUUCCGGCGAAGGGAGAGCGUGGGAAGAAGGGGGAGCUGUGCAUGACAGUGCGGUGAGUGCGGGAGCAGCAACAGGUGCGGAGAGGCUUAAAGUCAGGGGGUGGUCGGCGGAGUGGGGCAGGCUGGUGAAGGGGCACGGGGCUACUGGGCGAGGAGGGGGUGUGCGGCGAGGCGAGGAGUGGGUGCCCCUGACUACUGGAUGUGGGGAAAGGAGCGAGGGGCUUGCGAGUGAAUCGAGUGGCGGCAUGGAAUUAGCGGCGAACCGGGGAGCCAAGGGCGGAUGGGGAGGCGCUGGUGCUGGAGAGGCAAGGCUGGGGGCAACACUAGGCGGAGGUGCACCAGCAGCAGCACCAUUGACUGCAGCAAUGGCAGGCAGUGCAUCAGCGUCAGCGUCAGCAUGGGCUUCAGCAUCGGCGUCAUCUGCGUGCCAUGGGUCGUCCACCAGCCAGCAACAGUUGCUGCGCCUCUCCUCCUGCCACGCCCUGCCUACCUCAGCGCUCAGAGCUGUUGCAGCCACUGCUGCUGCUGCGCCUGUGGACGCGCGUAACAGUGCAGGGCACGCAGGGGAUGACGAGGAUCCGGCAGCAGCAGUGGUGUUGCGCCGUGCGUCCACAGGGACCAAGGUGAAGCGGCGCCUGGCAGGGUCCGGAGGGGCGGGCAGGGGCGCGCCGGGGUAUGUGGGAGGCCGUGUGCAGCCGUGGGGCGAGGAGGGGGCGGGGGGGCAGUCGGCGCGGUGGGAGGAGAUGCUGCGGGGGCGUGGGCGGGCAGAGGUGCUGGCGCUGGCACGGCAGCUGUGCAGCCGCGCUGGCAGCUCCAUGGAGUUCAUCGGAGGGGUCAGCGCUAUCAGACCCGAUGCUGCUGGUGCUAGCGCUGGUAGUGGCUCAGGGGUGGGCGAGAGGGAGGCGGGUGUGGGUGGUGAAUGGGGUGCAGUGGCGGACAGUGGCGUGUGGCUGUCGCCUGCCAGAGAGGCUAUGAGGAGAGUGGGCACGUGGACGCGUAUUGCGAGCGCUGAUGGUGGCAGGUGCUGCCAUGCCGAUGGCUGUUUGCAUGGCGAGGCGGCUGCAGCAGCAGCAUCACCACCGUUGCUCACUGGCAUACCAUCAGGGCAGGCACACAGGGCGUUCACCCUACCGCCGUCGGCUGCCCACCCUGGUGCAGCUGGAAGUUCAGAGUCGGCCCCACCAUCCCCGUUCCUUGGUGCUGCUGUGUCUGUAGCAGCGGCUCUAGAAGGGCCCACCACCCCACUGCACCACCCUGCACUGCUGCUCUCAAUGCCGUCCCUGCCGUGUGACCCAUGUGCGCACCACGCUUACACGGACUCUGCUGUCAGUGCGCUGAACCCUUCUCCUGAGGUGUGUGGGGACUCACGGAGGCAGCCCUGGGAUGCUGCACAGCAGGCAGAAGAGGACGACCAGGAAGGAGAAGGCGAGGAGGAAGAGGAGGGGGAAGAGGAAGAGGAGGAGGAGGAGGGAGAGGGGGAAGGGGAGGAGGCGGAGGAGGUGGGGGAGGAGGUGUGGCUGCAGGUGUCGGUGCGGGACACGGGCAUCGGCAUAGAGCGAGCGGUGCAGGGCGAGAUAUUCAAGCCCUUUGUGCAGGCCGACACGUCCACCACUCGCAUCUAUGGCGGCACAGGGCUGGGGCUCAGCAUUGUCCACAACAUGCCCCAAUGGCCGCACUCUGACCCUCCUCGCCCUGUUCGCCCCACCCCCUCUCCUCCCUCGCCCGCCAGUCUGGUGUCGCUCAUGGGUGGCACGCUGCACCUGGCGAGUCAGCUUGGAGCAGGCUCCACCUUCACCUUCACUGCACGCUUCUUCUCCCUGCCCUCCUCGCACACCUCUGCACCCACCUCCUCCGUGCCCCAACCCACUCAGCCGCACAAUGCGUCCCCACCUGCUUACCCACAGCCCGGUGACACCUCUCGUGCCCCAUCCAGCUCCUCUUUAUUGAUCGCCUUCUCUCCUUCCCCUUCUCUCGCCACCUCGUCGCCUCCCCACUCUCAACUUCCUUCCACUUCAGCCGUGACACCUAAGCCCGACUCCCCACCCCCGCCUACUAAUGCUGCUGCCUCGAUUCAGCCAGGCACACCGUUUGACUCCAACCCUUCCUGCACUGCCUCCAUCCUCCCAGGCUCACCUGCACUGCCUCACACCGUCCCAGCAGCAUUGGGUGCUGCAGCAUUGGUUGUGCCGCCCCCAGCACCAGCAUCAGCUGCAUCGCAGAUGCACGACCCAGGACAUAACAAGCCUCAGACUCCUCCUCCCCUCACAUCCACUCCAACUCCUGCUGCUCUUUCCCCUGCUCCUUGUGUGCGCCUCUCCUCCACCUCUGCCGGGAGUGCCAGAAGCAGUGAGGACAGCACUGCAGGGGCUGGUCAGUCGGUGCUGGGGAAGGCAGGAAGCGGCAGGGGUAUGGACACAGCAGGCGAGGCAGGGGCGAGAAGCAGAGGUGGGGGUGCAGGGGCAGGUGCGAGCAAGGCGGCGGUGGGGGGUGGUGGGGUGGAGACGUUAUCAGGGAUGCGCAUUCUGCUGGCGGAGGACAACGUGGUGAACCAGAAGGUGGCGAUGCACCUGCUGCGCAAGGCAGGCGCUGUCGUCACCGUGGUGGGCGAUGGCAAGGCUGCUGUGGAUGCCGUCACUGCCGCCCAUGAUGCAUUUGAUGUGGUGCUCAUGGAUAUUCAGAUGCCUAUCAUGGAUGGUAUCGAAGCCACUCGCAUGAUUCGACAGUGGGAGCAGCAGGCCUCAAGUUUGCCCGGGACUUGCGAUGACUUGGCAUGCUUCGACUGGUGCCCCUCUUCGCCCAUUUCUGCGCUCACCCAGUCCUUGCCAUCCCUAUUCCCGCCCUCGUCUCCUUACACAUGCAUCUCGGAUGCCAUGAAGGCGAUGGAAGAAGAAAAGCCUAACGACCCCCUCAUGUCGACCAGCGGUGACGAGGAGCUUCUGACACCUCAAGACGAUGCGCGUCUCGUAAACAUUCCUGUGACUGCCGUAUCGUCUCGCAAGCGGCGUGCGUUCCCUGGUGGCACCAACUCGGGCGCGAGCAGCAGUGACUGCUGCGACGGCGAGCGCGGCGUUGCUGCACCCACGCUUCGCCUCCCCAUUCAAGGGGCGUCGCCACCUGAGAGUUGCGGGGCCUGCACGGAAUGCACAGAAGGCACAAACCCGCGGUUGUCCGCCGGCAAUCUGAUUGCGAACGACGUGGAGCGCGCUCCUGGCGCGCACCCCAGUGACACGAGCAAGGGUAAUAUCGCAGCCUUUGCCACAGCUCCCGGCAGGCCGUCGAGCUGUCGUCCUCGGCCGCUCCCCGCGACCAUGCGGCUGACUAUGGCGGACAUCAAAUGCGUCAUCGGACUCAAAACAGCGCCUCCCACCAAAAAACCACGGAAAGGAGAAGUCGCCGCGCUGGCAACACAACCGUGCACUGCUGGUAGUAAGCCGCACUUGGAGCACACGCGCGCACUGUCGCCGCAUCGCGGAGCACCGGCUCUUCCGCACCCCACGCGAGCCAACCUUCCGCACUCUCGUUCUUCUGCUGGUAUAGCCAUUCCUUCGGAUCAAGCGCACCACGAGCCAUCUCGCUGCCCGCCAGGUGUUGCCACAAGCCCCGCCCACUUCGGCGCGCCGCAACUGGCUUCUCCCGCCGGUUCUCCUCCAACUCCGUCGCCAUUGGCGGAAACAGUCGCCCCGUGUCACUGUGAUGAGGUGGACGCCAACGGCUACUCAUCGCUGCGCUCUCCGUGCUGCUGCCCGCCGCCCAACUCCAUGCACGGCGCCCCCUGUAUGCUGCCCCUUGCAACCUACCUUCCAUCUGCCAUUGCAGCCUCGCCCUUUUCAGCUGCCGCAGCAGCAGCUGACCCCCAUUGGGCGAGGCUUGGUGGCGGGAUAGGCAACAGCAGCAGCAGUCCGGACUUGGAUGCCGUGCUCCCGCUGGCCGCCCGCCAGCUGCCCACCAUGGCAUGCGCCACUCCGCGCUUCCUCCACUCGCUGCCGCUUGCACCACCCCAGGUAUCUCCCUACCCUCACAUACUCGGCAUGGGCAUGGGUGUGGACGCGGGUAUGAUGGGGUGUGGGUUCCGAGUAGGAUCGGUUGGUUUGGAGAACGGGAGUAGCGAGGAGGAGGGAUGCACUUGUGGUGCGGGGAGGACAUGGGAUAGGGAAGAAAUUGAACCGGGACAGAUCCCAGGCCGAUGGCUGUCCAUGCCAGGAGCAGCGGCUAGUGCUGGGCUCCCCCCAUGGCUCUCGACGCCCUCCUGCCACGUUCAGCCUCUGCAUUGGCAGCAGAACCAGCAGCAGCAGCAGCAGCAAGAAGUGGAUGCGUACUCUGUGCCUUUCCCGAUAAUGGACCGUGCUUUGCCAUGGGAGGCAAACGUGCAUGCUGGUGUUACUGGAUCCCCAGCAGGGGGUAUUGUUUGGCAACACAGAGAUGGUGGUGCUGCAGAGUUCACAGAGCGAGCAGCACCUACUCCUGUUGACAAGCUUGCUGCAAGAGAUUGGGACACAGAAGUGGGACAAGAUGCGCCUCAGCAGGUCACGGAGCAAAAGUUGGCAGCUAAGGGAGACCAUGCAAGUUCAGGCGAUGAAAAGGAAGUCAAAAGGUGA